GAUCGUCCCGGUGCACACGUAUGCUGCAGAAGAUCAUCACAGAAUAAUAGGGGAAUGACAAACGUUGAUUUGCGUGUUAUAAGAGAGUGCAGAUCCUACGACAGUCUACCAAGUGUACAAGGUCCAAUACGCGAAAGAUGUAAGUACAUAUCCAACUUUAUUGGUCGCGCAAAAGCGGAACCCAAAGAAUUCCCUUUGACGGCAUUAGUAUAUAACGAAAAUCCUAAAGGAGUUGCUAAUAAACUUUGCGGUGGUGUUUUAAUUAGCAAAAACUAUGUUUUAACAUCCGCUUACUGUUUUCUCUACGACGGCUAUCGUCCUAACUGGGUGCGUGUAGGAGAAUUAGAUUUUGGUACUACUGAGGAAGAUGCUUCACCACAACUCAUUGAAAUCAAAAAUUUUAUACCUCAUCAUCAGUUUUAUGCUACUGAACUGACUAUCUACCAUGAUAUUGGUUUGGUUGAAUUGACAUUAGAGGCUCUCUUUGACGAUUACGCACGUCCUGCCUGUCUAUCCCUAGUAGAUGCCAAUAAUUAUGAAGAAUUCCUGUCUGCCGGUUGGGAUUAUGCUGUACCAGGACAUUCAACCCAUUUACAUAAAACGAAACUGAACCGUCUCGAUGAUGACAAAUGUUAUGAAAAAGUCAGACGCGAGCACUUGGAAAAAGGGAUCAACAAUCGUACACAUAUGUGUGCAAUUCCUUCUGCUGGCAAUGUUAGUACUUGUGCUGGAAAUGGCGGUACUCCACUUUUUGUUAACCAUCCCGAGUUUCCCUGUCAAUUCCUCGUAGUGGGCAUUUUGUCGAUCGGUCGACGUAAAUGCGGAGAUAAGGAUGAUCCAAUUAUUUACACCAGAGUCAAACCGUAUAUCGAUUGGAUACAACGUAUCGUUUGGAAUUGAAUUAA